AUGGUGGAUCAAGGUUAUGUAAAAGAACUAUUCCAAACUUUAGACAAACAAUUUACACCAGCUCAAUACAAUUUAGAUACUUAUAAACAAUCAUUUUUACCACAAUUAAAAAUAAACUCACCAGUGAUACUGAAUGGGAAUCCAAUAGGAGGUAAAUUAGCUUUCCAAGAACAUUGGUUAAAAUUUCCACAAUCUCAACAUAAUGUAACUUCAUUAGAUUAUCAUUCAAUUCCAGGUACUGGUACAUUAAUUAUAAAUUUAUCAGGUAAAGUUAGAUUUGAUGAAACUGGUAAAACUAAAUUAGGUGAAACUGCUGAUUUAGAUCAACCUCAAGCUCCAUUAGAUACAAGAAAUUUUUGGGGUUCAUGGUUAGGUUUUAAUGCUAAUUUAAUUCUUGAUGAAAUUGCUUUACAAAAUCCAAAUAGUGAAGUUAUAAAUUCUUUAAAUUGGAGAAUUGUUUUCAAACCUGAUGAUUCAUUAGUUACAAUAUAG